CAGACCACCUCUACAGCAUUUGACACCGAAGCUAAUUCCAACAUCAGAAAGCCAAUAUGGAUCAACGCUACUAUACUCUUGCUGAAGGUUGUCCUUACGCCAGUAAUGCCACAUCUGUGCAACUGCGCAAUGGAGGCGGUGGUGGUCUGGCACUCCUUCAAGACACUCAGCUUAUUGAAACGCUGGCUCACUUUUCUCGAGAGAGAAUCCCAGAAAGGGUUGUGCAUGCCAAAGCUGCCGGAGCCUACGGUGAAUUCACCGUCACCCAUGAUUGUUCGGACAUUACAUCGGCUAGUUUUCUUAAUCAAGUGGGCAAAAAAACCCAAGUCCUAUGGCGCGUAUCUACAGUUGGACCAGAAGCCGGCUCAGCUGAUACUUCACGCGAUGUACAUGGCUGGGCAAUGAAGCUGUAUACUGAUCAAGGAAACCUCGACUGGGUGUUCAAUAACACUCCAGUUUUCUUCGUUCGAGACCCAAUCAAGUUUCCCUCUAUGAACAGAUCCCAUAAGCGGCAUCCGCAGACCCAUCUUCCAGAUCCGAAUAUGUUCUGGGAUUUCCAUGUUGGCAACCCCGAGGGUUUCCAUGAGCUGCUGCACCUUUUCAGUGACCGUGGAACACCUGCAUCUCUACGCCACAUCAACGCAUACAGCGGACACACCUACAAAUUUACAACAGAGGACGGCUCUUUCAAAUAUGUCAAGAUUCACAUCAAACCAAACCAAGGAGUCCAGAACUUAACCAAGGAGGAGUCAGUGCGAAUUGCAGGAGAGAACCCAGAUUUUUUAAUCCAGGAUAUGUUCGAAGCAAUUGAGAGGGGUGAUUAUCCAACCUGGGGUGUAUAUGUCCAGGUCAUGGAUCCCGCACAGGCAGAGAAUUAUCGGUGGAACAUAUUUGACAUGACCAAGGUCUGGCCGCAUCAAGACUUUCCGCUGCGGCAAAUUGGCAAGUUGACAUUGAAUCACAAUCCCAACAACUAUUUCACUGAUAUUGAGCAGGCUGCCUUUUCACCAUCUAAUAUGGUACCUGGGGUUGCACCAUCUGCUGAUCCAAUGCUGCAAGCGAGGUUGUUUGCCUACCCUGAUGCAGCAAGAUACCGACUGGGAACUAACUAUCAGCAACUUCCCACAAAUGCUGCCAAAGCACCGGUGUAUUGCCCUUUCCAACGUGAUGGCUUGAUGAACUUUUCAGACAAUUAUGGGGCUGAUCCAAACUAUGUUGGCUCCUCACUCCAACCCACCAAAUUCUACCAAGACAUAAAAGGAGUCGGACCAAAGUCCCUCAGUGUCCUGACUGAACAUGAGAGGUGGGCUGGAGAAGUUACCAACUUUACCACGCAUGUUACAGAUGAGGAUUUCGUCCAGCCCGCUGCUCUGUGGAAUGUGAUCAAGAAAGACCCAGGUCAUCAGGAGAGAUUUUUUGGGAAUGUCGCUGUGCAUCUCAGUAAAGUCAAGAGUGAUAGGCUCCGACAUGAAGCUUAUACAUUCUUCUCUCGUAUCAGUCAAGACUUAGGUGCAGGUGUGAAGAAGGCUACAGAAGACCUUGUAGUUUCUAAAUUACACUAGAUUACCCUUCCCACCAAGACCACGAAACGGAAACAAAAUCCAAAUGUGUCUUAGGUCUUGUCUGUCUUUUCUGGAGACAAAGUCUUCACCGGUCCCCCGAGGCCAAGAAGAUGCCUAGAAUAUGUAAUGUAAUAACAACGGGCCAGUGGCUCAGUGAUAUGGACACUGAGCCUGGCUAACCUGCCGGUGCGCACAUCACUAGGUAGUUUG